AUGCGUCUUAGUAUUUCUACUAUUGUGUGUUUCGCCAUUGCUCCUGCGUUGGCAAACUGUCCUUAUGCCCGAGAUGCGGGUACUAAGGUUGACCACCUUGCUAACCCACAUGGUCAAUUGCCUAGCGACACCAUUCUAAGCAAAUCAACCGACUUUGUAUCUCCUACGCCCUCCGCAGCAGCUGGAAAAAAGGGUCUAUUGUUGAUGAACCGUAUUGCUCCCGGUACCUCAGAACUAUACAUCGCCAACGCGGAUGGCACCGACGAACGUCCCCUAUUGGCAGAUCCUGGUUAUGAAUACCACGCCGAGUUUUCUCCUGAUGGAAACUGGAUUAGCUUCACCAGUGAGCGCGACGGUGAUGGAAACUCCGAUAUCUGGCGUGUGCGCCCAGAUGGCUCCGAUCUACAGCCAAUUGUGAAAUCCCCAGCAGCGGAAGACAGCGUUGUAAUCUCACCAAAUGGAAAAUUGGCAGCCUAUGUUUCAACCGCCAACAAUUACAACGCUAACAUUUGGGUCAAGGACUUGGAAACUGGUGCUGAGUGGAAUAUCACCGAUACCCCGGCUAACCGGCCAGAUGAGGACAUGAUGCACGGUAACUUCCGUCCGGCUUGGUCGCCAGACGGAAAUUGGCUUGCAUUUUCCUCAGACCGCAACACAAAAUGGGAUGGACACGGAAAUCUUACCUACCUCGGCCUCGCGGGCUGGGAGCACACACAAGAACUCAGCAUUUACAUUAUUCGUCCGGAUGGCUCAGAUCUUCGCCGUGUUGCCAACCGAACUUACCACUGCCUUGGGUCUCCCAAAUGGUCACCCGAUGGCAAUCGCCUCAUAUUCUACGAGAUGACCCGGAAUGAAACGUGGGAUGCACAUCGGCCUGAGAUCGUCGCAGAUGCCAACUCUACAAUUGUUUCUGUUGAGAUCAAUGGCCAGGACCGUCGAGUUGAGGUUGGUGGUGCUGGUGUCAAGACAUAUCCCCAAUACGUGACGAACUCCACAAUUGGGUAUCAUCUGAAGGGUGGUGAUAAGGAGGGCUUGUACCUUACAAAUGGUACCUAUUUAAAUGUUACAAUCCGCUCUCCCUCAUGGUCUCCGGAUGGAAAGUACGUUGUUUACGAGAAGAUUGAUUGGUCCAUCCGCCCCCUAUUCAAGAAGCUUUACAGCUGGGAUAGCGACUGGGAAUACCGCUUCACUGAUGUGUUCCCUCAACUCUCAUCGGACGACCGCGUGGCCCUGACCGAAAGGCAACUUGGAAACUCCUCCAUUGCUACAUUUCAUCUGGAGGAUAUGGAGCUCUCCUUACUCUACAAGCCCAAUGAUACCAGUCUCCUUGACACGACUCUAAUUCAAGAGGGUCUGGGUGGAGCCUACAGUCCCAGCUGGUCCCCAGAUGGUGAAUGGGUCGUCUUCGGAGUAGGCGCCUGGUUUGAGGCGCGUGAUUGGCGAGGAGGCUGGAUUGUACGUUCCACCGCAACUGGCAGUUACGUCGAGGUUCUGACCACCAGCAGUCUCUGGAUCAACGAGUCCAAGAACCUCAACACUGGCUUUCCCAGCUUCUCACACGACGGCAAACAGGUCGUCUACCGCGUGUGGGGUGCCGACACCGCCAAGUACGGCGACGAGACAGAGAUUGGUUUACGCAUUCUCGACCUUGAUACCAGAGAGAUCACCCAGCUUACCAGCGGAUGGGAUAAUCUUCCCUCGUUUUCCCCCGAUGGGGAAUUUAUAGUCUUUACUCGCAAGGUUUCUUCGAGUAACUACGAGGUCUGCACCAUCCGCCCUGACGGCACCGAUUUCCGCAUUCUGACCUCCAGCGGCGCCAACGAUGCCCACGCUGUUUGGCGCCAGGAUGGAAAGAUCAUGUGGUCCUCUGGCAUGUACGGGUUCCAGUAUGAGUGUGCUUUGUACGAUGACACCUUUCAGCCCUACGGUCAGAUCAUGAUAAUGGAUUCCGACGGAUCCAAUAAGCGUGCUUUGACCAACUCGAUUUGGGAGGACUCCAUGCCUCUCUUCCUUCCUAACGACUGGUUCUAA